AUGGAAUUCAAUGGAACACUGACAACUGAUGGUUACUACUAUGGUUCAUACUCUGAUGAGGACGUGAUUGAGUUCCAUGGGAUUGUCUACGCUGUCUGUUACAGCCUGAUCUUCUGCGUCAGCCUGACUGGGAACAGCUUCCUGCUCUGGACCCUUCUGCAGCAGGAGGACCUGAGGUGGACGUCCAACCUGCUGCUGCUGCACCUCACUGUGUCCGACCUUAUCUUCACCAUGCCGCUUCCAAUCUGGGCCGUGAAUGCCAUCCACGGCUGGGUGAUGGGCGAGGUGGCAUGCAGGCUCCUGAGCGGCGUACGUUUCCUGGGCUUCUACAGCUACAAGGCCUUCCUCACAGCCUUGACUGUGCACCGGUACAUGGGAGUCUUGUACCCCGACACAGCGUCCUCCUUCAAGCUCAAUGUUCACCUUCUGAGUGGCGGCCUGUGGGUCCUCUGUUUGGCCUUCAGCAUACCUGAUAUGGUGUUCUCAGGGACAGAGGUUGGAGGUAACUUGGUGCACUGCAUCCAGACAUACAGAUCGCACAUGCCAGAGUAUCUUAUGUAUUACAUUCAGAUUACAAUUUUCUUCUUGUUGCCAUUUGCUGUCAUCACGUUUUGCUACUCACGGAUGUGGUUUCGCAUUCGGGAAAUCAGGAUGUGGAAGACGAACCAGGCAGCGAGGCUGAACCAGGCAGCGAGGCUGAUCUUCAUCAUUGUGGUGUGUUUCUUUGUCUGCUGGGCACCAUACAACAUCAUCCUCCUCCUCUACUCGCUGACGCUCCAUGGCCUGAUUCCUGACCAACUCACACAGUCAGCCGCCUUUGACUACGCCUACACUGUGUCUCACACCCUGGCCUACUCCCACUGUUGCCUCAGCCCCCUCAUCCAAAUCUUGGGUGCAAGAAAGUUCAGAGAACGCAUCUCUGAUGCCUUCUGGCGGCUGAGACAGGGCCCAGACUCCCAGCGCACACACCCAUGA